GCCGACCACGGCCGCUCGUCCAUCCGGCCCGUGCGCCCUAACGCACGCAAAUUCGCGCGUUCCUACUCUAUACGAUGAAAUGUAAAUAUUUAUGGAUGUCAGUUUUGAGUUGUUUAGAUUGGCUGUGAAAUUCAAGGUGAAAAUGAAAUCAGCAAGGCGUGUUCGAGUGCAUGAAGAUGCUAUACGUCAUAGUGAGUGUAAGCGUGGCGGCGACCGGCUGGCGACGCCGCGGAUGUCGCUACUCGGCAAGCCACUCAACUACCGCGCCACGCGACGCGACGCGCGCUACCGACGCCUGCAAUCCAAGUUCUACAACUUCCUUGAACGCCCGAGGGGAUUCAAAGCCGUCCUCUAUCAUAUGAUUGUGUUCCUGAUGGUGUUUAUGUGUCUCUCGCUGUCGGUGUUCUCUACUAUCGAGGAGUACGAAGCUAAAGCAGGCAUCGUCCUGUUCUAUAUGGAGACAGUAGUCGUCGUCUGGUUCGCCAUUGAAUUUAUUUUAAGGCUCUGGUCAUCAGGAUGCAGGUCCCGAUAUCAAGGAUCAAUAGGACGACUAAAGUUCUUAAAGCGGCCUUUUUGUAUAAUAGAUGUAACAACAAUAAUGGCGUCGUUGGUGGUGCUGGGCAUGGGAUCUUCAGGGCAGGUGUUCGCUGCGUCAGCUCUACGGGGUUUGCGAUUUUUCCAAAUACUUCGCAUGGUGCGGAUGGACCGGCGUGGCGGCACGUGGAAACUGCUCGGCUCUGUAGUGUAUGCACAUCGUCAGGAAUUAAUAACAACUUUAUACAUAGGCUUCCUCGGCCUUAUAUUCGCAUCGUUUUUAGUUUAUUUAGCAGAAAAAGACGUCGCCGACACGAAAUUUAAAAACUUUGCUGAAGCUUUAUGGUGGGGUGUUAUCACGCUGUGCACGGUCGGGUACGGCGACAUGGUGCCUCAGACUUGGCAGGGGAAAUUCAUCGCCUCCUUCUGCGCGCUAUUAGGGAUAUCGUUCUUCGCUCUACCCGCUGGUAUAUUAGGAUCGGGUUUCGCGUUAAAAGUGCAGCAGCAACAGCGACAGAAGCACAUGAUCCGGCGGCGGCAGCCUGCAGCCACGCUCAUACAGGCGCUUUGGCGGUGCUACGCCGCCGACGAGCAUUCCAUGAGCGUCGCCACCUGGAAGAUACAUCAGAUACCACUGCCUAGCCCACAGACCAGUCGGGUUAUGAGCGCGUCAUUCAAGAACAAUGCAUCGUUUGUGUCGCGGCUGCCGACGAUCCGGCGGCACAAGAGUACGUCGCUGCACUCGCCUGCGCCCGUUCCCGCGCCCCACGCCAAGCACCGCUACGACGUCAACGCUAGCGCUGAAAAUCUCGGCGCGAGCCGCCCGCCGGGCGGCCGGGUCGUGCGCGCUCGACCCGUCAACCCUUCGCACAGCGAGGACUCAGUGGCUGAAACGGCGCUCUCCAAACGAAACUCCGAUGACGAGGAUGAGGAGCCCCGUUGUGUGACAUUAACUCCGCGACAUAAAGCUGCUAUCAGAUUUAUAAGGAAGCUCAAGUACUUUGUCGCGCGCAAGAGAUUUAGAGAAGCAUUGAAACCUUACGACGUGAAAGACGUCAUAGAACAGUACUCCUCCGGGCACGCCGACCUCCUAAACCGCACCAAGAACUUGCAGUACAGGUUAGAUCAAAUUCUCGGCAAGCAAGGCUCGAAAGCCAAAGACGUGUAUGCAUCUAAAAUCAGCCUAGCUUCCAGAGUUGUUAAAAUUGAAAGACAGGUUGAUGACAUAGAAAGUAAGUUAGAUCAUCUAUUAGAAAUGUACGAAGAGGACAGACGGGCGACAAGGCGGCUGGGCGCUGCUAACGGCGAGGGCGGCGGCGGGCCGGGCGAGAGCGCUGGUCGAGCGAGGCCCGCCAUCGCCGACAAGCAGUGCUCUGAGCCCAACUCCCCCGUGUCGCGCGCCUUCGAGCCCGCCACCGCCCCUACCGCCCUUGCUGCCCCGCACCUCAAGCGGCCCAUGAAUAGAGGAUAUUCAGAUCUGGGUACUAGAUUUAUGCGCAAAAAAGUCAUCGUCAAAACAUCGUCAUCAAACAGAAAUGGAGAAUCGCCUCGGGACGAUGAAGUAGUUAUAGUAGUGCCGACUGAUCGCGAGGACACUCCACCCCGCCUCGCCACUGACAGCUCAGAAGUUUGUGCAAGCUGUUCAGUAGAGGUAGAAACAGAAGCGGAGGCAGGAGGAACGCGCUCAGGGAGCUCCGGGUCACCGUCGUGGUGCGAGGGAGAAGGUGAGGGCGAGGCAGGGGAUGAGCGGGGAUACGGCUCGGGUGACUCCCUCGCGGAGGACGCCGCGCUACUCGGCGCCACACAGCCUUCGCACCCCCCCAGACUCCUGCGCACACAGAGACGAGACGUCGCCGUCGAUCUGCACUUGCUCAGGCCCGAUGUAUGAGCAGCGCCACCCCUCGCGCCUCGCGCCGCGCACCACGCCAACAGCGACCUCUAUUUUAAUCGCACAACAACUUUACCCGCUCACGACUUGUCAUAGAUGCUUCAGCAUAGAAAUUGUCGGAGCAGAAAAAACGCUUCAAUAAUUAAAAUAAAGUAUCAUAAUAUAUGUAAGUCUCGUGCAGUGAUUAUUAUUAGACAAUUUGUACAACGAUUUAAAUAGUGUGAUUAAAUUAAGAUUAAAAUUCCACUCAUUUUAGAUGUAUAUAAAAGACCAAAGACUCAAAAGUAGACAUGGUACCUUUUAUAUGCAAGUACAUAAUUUAACUGGUUACGCUUAUCUCGUUACGACAUUUUGCUUAAACAAUAUAUUAUGUACGAAACCUAUAAAUAGGAGCUUUUGAGUUAAUCUUUAUUAAUGCAAGUAGGUGUUCGAUUUAAACUGUAUAUAAAUAUUAGAUUAAUUUAAGUACAUAUAUUAGAAUAUCCCAAUCAGAAAGCCACGAAUAACAGCUGCGGCGGAACAAACCACAUCUGCCUUGAUACUUAGAUUAAUGUAAAAGUUCUUAUACUUUUCUUCGCACGUCCCAAUAAAUAG